AUGUCUCUAGGCCUCGGUUUCGGCGGGUGGGUAUCUACCGCUCGCAAUCUGCGAUUAGCUACUACAGGAACGGGAACAACCACCAUUCGAGGUAGUUUAUACGCAUAUGUUGUAGGACUGAUUGCGGGUACUAUUGGCUGGGGUGUCUUGGGUGCGAUGGAAGGCGUGCUGACCGGUGUCGUGGAUGCGGCUGUUGUCUGCUGGGCUAGUGAAGUAGGUAGUUCGAGAAGGGAAGCAAGGUACUGUCGGGAGGCUGGAUGGUUGUUUGGUGGGGAGAGAAAUGGUGGAAGGGGAGGUGAAGGUGAGGGUGAUUACGACGUUUGA